UUAUCGUGCGCGAUUUUGCGCAGUGGAAGUACGACCCGGAAACAAGUUUCAAAUUGUUUUGGCAGUUAAGGUUGGGGAAACACUGGACAAGACAGCACAUCCGACCCACCAUGGCUGAUUCUGUGACGUCAGAUGAUUCAAAGUUCUGCUUUGAGGAGGUUCUGAGCACAUUCAAGGUGUGUUUGUCCGAAGACAAAGAGGUCAUUCUGGAAAACUACGUGUCUGGCUGGCGUGGUCUUAUUAAGUUUCUGAACAGCUUGGGAUCCGUCUUUGGCUUUAUUUCCAAGGAUGCUAUCAAUAAGAUCCAGAUCCUGGUGAAUUUGAUCAAAGGCGAUACGCACUCUCACUACAUGACUGUGCAGUCCAUGGUCCGAUACGAGUUGGACAACAGACUGGUGGACAUCGAAAAGCGAGGCAGCCAUCCAGAGUCAGGCACGCGUACUCUCCUGAGGCUGCACCGUGCACUCAGGUGGCUGGAGCUCUUCCUGGAGCGGCUGAGGACCAGCACCGAGGACAGCAAGACGUCCGCCAUGUGUGCCGAGGCCUACAACGAGUCCCUCGCGCACUACCACCCGUGGGUGGUGCGCAAGGCUGCGGGCUUAGCCUUCUGUGUGCUUCCUGGGCGCCCCGCCUUCUUUGAGGUGAUGAACGUGGGACCCCCGGAGCAAGUGGCCACCGUUCUGGGGGAAGCGGUGCCUCUCAUUUCGGAAGUGUACCAGAUCACAGAGGACCUUUAUGCUAAGAACAACCUGCUGGACUUGCCAUAGAAGCAUGUGAACAUACUGUAAUUAUUGACUGCUACUAUAGGGACUGUGCAAUAUCUGCAUGGUGGAACUGGAGUUACUAUCUGCUGCAAUCAUCUUUUAUGUAAAAGUGAUUACAGAUUGUCACCUCCAUCUUGGAAAUAAAUAUCUUGUAGUGAAAUUCUUAACAGUCAUACAAGUUAUCUGGGGGCUUCCACUUUAGAGGUUCUACUGUAUGGAGGAAACUGACGUGAAGCCUUUGGGUUGUCCAAGCUAAAAAGUGAUCACGUUCACCAUAACUGUAAAAUAGUUUCAAUCAUGUCAAGUGAAAAUGUUAUGUUCAACUGGGGAUUUUUAUAUCAAAUAUGCUGGCAUAGCUAAAAUGCAGAAAAUCCUCUAGCACAGGGGUGUUCAAACAAAUUUUUGUCUUGGGCGGCAUUGUAGUUAUGAUUUCCCUCAGAGGGUGGUUAGAACAGUGAAACCAUAUAAAUGUUUAAUCACCAAAUCAUAUUAUUACCAUUACUGAACAAAUUGAGGGAUAACUAGUUUUGAAAUCAGAAGACAAGGAUAAUAGUUUGUUCAAGUAUUGUUUAAGUUACUGUAGAAGAAAGGUUUGGUAACAGGAAAAUGCAAUAUCUCAACAUUAUUGUUUAUUAUUAUGACAAUUUGGAAUUUGGGUACAGAUUUUAGCAAAAAUCAGAGGUUGACGAGCAUGAUUUGCUUUCGCGGGCCACAUAAAAUGAUGUGGCGGGCCGCAUCUGCCCCUCAGCCUUGGGUUUGACACCUAUGCUCUAGCAGGUUUUCCAAUAACAUACCAAAUGUGGUCAAAUUAGGUCUUGUGUGGUCAAUGAUACAAAGCUAAAAAAAAAAGAUGAAUUCUUACCAUGUUAGAUUAUUUAAAUUACUGUGCUAUUUUGAAUCAUUCCAUCCAAAUAAAGAC